CGCCUGCGCAGAUACCCGGCGCCUACUUCCGGGUGGUGCGAGCGCAAUGGACGGAAGGGCCAGUGUUUUGGAGUAGCGGCGGCGAGUGGGCGUGUACGCCGGACUGUGUGGCUGGAGAGCCGGGAUCCCGGGGUCUGUGGGAGCAGGCCGGAGGACACGGAUAGAACCUGGGAUCGCUGCUUGCCCGCCGCCACCUGGCAUGUCGGCCGAGGCCUCGGGCCCGGCGGCUGCCGCGGCCCCGUCGCUGGAAGCCCCUAAGCCCUCGGGUCUCGAGCCUGGCUCCGCCGCCUACGGUCUGAAGCCGCUGACCCCGAACAGCAAGUAUGUGAAGUUGAACGUGGGCGGCUCGCUGCACUACACCACGCUGCGAACCCUCACGGGACAGGACACCAUGCUCAAGGCCAUGUUCAGCGGCCGGGUGGAGGUGCUCACCGACGCCGGAGGCUGGGUGCUGAUUGACCGGAGCGGCCGCCACUUUGGUACCAUCCUCAACUACCUGCGGGACGGGUCUGUGCCACUGCCUGAGAGUGCCCGAGAGCUGGGGGAGCUGCUGGGCGAGGCGCGCUACUACCUGGUACAGGGCCUGAUCGAGGACUGCCAGCUGGCCCUGCAGCAAAAAAGGGAGAACCUGUCCCCGCUGUGCGUCAUCCCCACCGUGACAUCUCCCCGGGAGGAGCAGCAGCUCCUGGCCAGCACCUCCAAGCCCGUGGUGAAACUCCUGCACAACCGCAGUAACAACAAGUACUCCUACACCAGCACUUCGGACGACAACCUCCUGAAGAACAUCGAGCUGUUUGACAAGCUGGCCCUGCGCUUCCACGGGCGGCUGCUCUUCCUCAAGGACGUCCUGGGGGACGAGAUCUGCUGCUGGUCCUUCUACGGGCAGGGCCGCAAGAUCGCCGAGGUGUGCUGCACCUCCAUCGUCUACGCCACGGAGAAGAAGCAGACCAAGGUGGAAUUCCCAGAGGCCCGGAUCUUUGAAGAGACCCUGAACAUUCUGAUCUACGAGACUCCCCGAGGCCCAGACCCUGCCCUCCUGGAAGCCACAGGAGGCGCGGCUGGAGGAGGUCGGGCAGGCCGAGGGGAGGACGAAGAGAACCGGGAGCACCGCGUCCGCAGGAUCCACGUGCGGCGCCACAUCACCCACGACGAGCGUCCUCACGGCCAGCAGAUUGUGUUCAAGGACUGACCUUUGACCCUGCCCCGCCUUCCUGCCUCCCCACCCCAGCCCCUCCCUUUUUCCCUCCCCUUCCCAGACCUUUGCCCCGACUCUGCUGGCCAAGUCGUGGGUCUCCCCUUCACCGCAUGUUCAGGUCACCGUGGCCCUUCUCCACCCGUUCCCACGCACUGCUGACACCACGGGGCGCCCCGCCCCCUCAGCAGAGCCCUCCCGCACUGAGGGCUGUCACCCAUCCCACCGUUCCCGGCCUCGCCCUGCCGUCUUUGCCUGGCGGCUGGUUUUGAACGAUUCCGAAUCCCCUUUGUGUUUUUUUAGCAUGUAGCCCACGCUCAAGUGUCAAGACAGACCUUGGCGACGGCCACCACCCCUGGAGCCCCCACCCCCUCCUUCCCCUGCCGUCCCCCAUGCCCCGUAACUGUGGACUAGGCUGGCUUGGGCCUGGGCCAGCUCAGCCAUCUUCUCGAUCUGUUUCGUAUUAUUUAUUAUUUAAAUUUUCUAUUAAAUUAUUGGAAUACAGUUGA